UCAAUUUCGUCUGAGCCCCAGUGCUCGCGGGCAUCGGCGCUCUGCGCAUCGUCGGCAAAGAGCGCGAGGUCGGCGGAUAGGCCGAGGCUCUCCAUUUCGCCGCUGGGCACAAGUGGCCGCACCCGCGUGUCGUCCAUGUCGCUGACAGGUGUCAGCCGCGGCGAGUUGCAGCGCUCCUCAGGCGUAAAAAACACGUCGUUGAUUAUUUUUUGCUUAAAAUUGGGCGCCGCCAGGCCCAGGAGCAGCUCGAGUGGAAGAGCUGCCAGCACCCACGAGGGGGGUGUUAGCUGCUGGCCGGGAACUGGCCGGGGAGCGGCCAACAAACUAUUACUGACACUCCUACUAUCCAUGAACACAUUGUUGCUGGGUGCACUGACCGAACUGUACCCCCUGCUAUCGCUAAUGCUGCUGCCUGCGCCCACUGCAAUGUUGGGAAUGCUGUUCAUUGUGUGCAUCAGUGGCAGGCUGGCUCUGGGCGCUGUAAAGUGUGUACUGGCGGGCGCCGAACCACUGAUGUUGAUGCCGUUGGUGUGGCUGUUGCUGUUGUUUCCGAUAUUAAUGUUAAUGUUACCGCUGUUGCUGUUGUUGUUGGCUGUUAUGAUGGCCGAUGCUGUCAGGGCGGCAGUGGCAGCGAUUGCCGACGAUGCCGUCGCUGUCAUUGCUGCCGAAGCCGCAUACGCAAAGGCUGACGCUGCUACUGUCGCCGCCGAGGUUUUGUUGAUUUCAGUGAAUGCUGCUGGUGUAGGGAGCGAUGCAGACACGGGCGUGGGCGGAUACGAGGAGAAUACACUGUCGAGCGAUGCAAACGGCGAUGAUGUUGCGCUGGGGCUGUCCUUGUGGUAGUGCGGCUUGCUGGCCAACGGAGAUGUGCUGCUGGACUCGUAAAGCUGUUUGCUGAUAGCAUGUUAUGUCUAGUGCAAGCGGAAUAAUUAAAUGUAAAUAAAAGAGAGAAAGAAAGACAAAAAUGGAAAAAAAGGGCGAGUCGAAGGGUUUAGAAGAGCGCUUUGGCUAUUCUGAUAAAACUUCAAAUGAUUAAAAAAAGGGUAGGCAAAAGAAGAGAUAGUCUGUCGCGCAACGGGUCUUUGUGGCCUUGCUUUAAAGCAGGUGUUAAUAAUGUAAGAAAAAGGUUAUCAC